UUUAAAUGCAACCUAAGAUCUCUUAUAAAUUCCAUCUCACUUGAGACCAAAGAAAACUGAUGUAUAUCAAUGGAGCAGAACAACAGCAGUAUUGAAGAUUUCUCUUUCAGUGUAUUUUCUGUCAGUCCAUAUCAGGCCAACAGAUCUGAUGUCCUGGUGUCAGAGGAUGACAAAGCUGGUACCACUUUACUCUUUUCAGGUGCAUUAGGGGUGGUGGAAAUCACUUUCACAGUAAUGCAAUGGAUCUAAUAUGCUGGCAUUAUUCACCUUGAGCGGACUCAGCUAUUCGGGCCUAUUCUGCUCUCUGUUGGUGUGACUUUUGUUUUUAUUGCCAUGUGCAAAUUUAAAAUACUGCUACGUGAAUCUUGCAAAGAACAUUAUGAAAGUGCAUCAACUACAGACUUGCCUCCAACUGGGUUAUCCCUUAUUUUCACUAGAAUUAACCAAUUUAUAACUUCACAUGGUGCUACAGUGGUACAGUACAUCCCUCCUCCUUAUCCCGCCCACAAAGACAUUGCUGUGAAUCCUGCCUGUCUGCAUCCAGUGCUCAAUCAUUGUGAUGCUGCUUUCCCCAGUGAUUCAACAAUUCUUUCCCCAAUCUCUCUUCUGUACCAUACUGUCCACUCUCUGGAUAACCCAACUUUUACUGAAAAUGAAAACUACUCAGUUUAUAUGGUAGCAGACACACAAGAUGAGAGGUGA